GGUUCUGUCUCCGCUUUCGCCACGACGUUUUAAGAUAACGGCCUGAAGAAAAGCGUCUUCAACAGACUUGCAGUAGAGUCGUGAAGUCCAACAAGAGCCAUGGCCAGGUGGCUUCUGGUCGCGCUGAUGGCGGGCAUGGUUGUGAGUAACAGCCUUGCCGCUCCUCCGGACACCGACACCCCCACACCACCAUCCGAUCCCGCUGCUGCAACGUAUGACGUUCGCCCAGCGCCGGAUGGCGGCAAAGACGCGAAGGACAUUCCCGCAGUACCACCACCCAAGGGCCCUCUACUUCUCGACGACUUUGAUGACGACGUAGACCCAGUUCCGGAUGACAGGAAAGACACCAAAAAGGGCAUCUUUGCUGCAGCGGCCAAAGCCAGAGGUCCCUAUCCAGGCUACUCUGAUGACAAAGUGGACCCACGCACAGGGAACCCAUUUAGCAAAAUGCCGGCACCCAUGAGCGCCCCGCCGGGCAGGCCCGUGUUUGAGCCGGGAGACAGACGGAGGCUGGCAGCAAGGUUGGGCGGCAAGGCGAGCAAACUGAUCUCCACCAAGACGGGCGAUCAACCACGUUACGGCAAGACAGACGCGAGGCCGGGGUUCAAGGAUCUGAAUAAGAUGAAGCAAAGAGAGGAUUAUCCGGUUUCUUUAGAAUCAAAGCGCUACCCAGCUUCCUACUUGGAAAAGCUGAAGAAGCGACCCGCACUGCCGAACGCAAAGAUGAUGAACGGAAAACGCCCCUUUCCGUACAUGUAUCAACACAAGCCUGACUUACCUGCUGGCCCAGAGAUCAGGAGGAAGGGAGACGAGCUGCCGCCAAACAAACCACCCCUGCCCGGACAAGCGCCUUCCUCUCCGCAGCCCCACAGCCGUCGCCUGAGAAAUCAUCGGAUUGACUCGGCGAGAGGGGGUCAGAGAGCUAAGGCAGCUCGCAAAGAGAACUAUCGGAAUCGAAGUGGAAUGCACCCUGAUAUAAUGCCACCCCAGAAAGGACCAAGAACAAAAGAUCAAGGCAAAAUGCGUGGAACUGGACAAGAGCGUGCAACUGGUCAACAUAGCGGUAUUCCAGCGAGCUGGCGGAAACGUGGAAUGCAACGUGAAAUAAUGCCAACCCAGGCUGUACCAGGAAGAAAAGACCAAGGCAACAUGCGUGUAACUGGUAAAGAGCGUGUAACUGGUAAGGAGCGUAUAACUGGCAAACAUCGUGUAACUGACAAACAUCGUGGAGCUGGCCAGGAGAACUCUCGGAAACGAAGUGGAUUGCAACGCGAUAAAAGGCCAACCAAGACUGCACCGCGACCAAUGACAUCGAGGAAAUACCGAGGCAACUGGCGUGAUCACACCGAUGCCAGGGUAAAGCAACGAUAUACGGAAAGGUUGAGGAACAGAAAGAUGAAGAACUCCAGGAACACCAGGAACUCGACUGCUGCCGCUAGAUCUAGACCCAAGUACAGUCGCAAAACCACCCCUUGGCAAAGGCAAGUACGGACGCGUAAACCUGCAACAAAACAUACACGGCAACAGCAGCUGGAAGAACAACGGCAACGACAAGCUCAGAAAAAGCUCGACUUAAUCAGAGCAAAGAUGGACAAAAUCUUAAAGCCAGAGCUCUUCGACAAGCCGUCAUACACUCGUAUACAGACAAGGCUCCAGUCCAUCUACGCAAUGCUGAAGAAAGACAUUUUACGCGCUGAAAAUCCGACCAACCGCCCUGUGAAAAAAGCAACGCGAAGAACAACCAGUGGACAGGCAAUGUCAAGAACAAACGUGCAUCUUUCCAGGAACAGACGAUCAUCUAACAUGACGAGGCCGGCACCGCAACGAUGGCAACGGGAACGACAAGCAAACAGGAUACUCAACACACUUAAAGAGAAGAUAGAAAAACUUCUAAAGACCUACUCGAACGACACAUCGCCCCAGUCCAGGCGUCUCCAGGAAAUGCUCCAGCGCCACUACGCACUUGUGAAGAAACGGCUUCUGUACAACAGACGGUUGUCCAGGAGUAGGGAUGUGACGCGUGCCGGGCAGGAAACGUCGACAAAUGGCACAUCUGGUGCGUCAAACGACACUGCACGGCCGCUACACGCCAGGACCAAGCGAUCGUCUGACGUCCGUCCCUUUCAGAGGAACGAGGAGACCAUGUCUAGCCCAAGGAAGAAGCCGUCCAAACCACAACGUCCACGCGACUGGAAACGACAAGUAUACUCAAGGCUUAACAUGUACAAAGCGAAGAUAGAGAAAUCGUUAAAGAUGAACAAUGAAACCGACUCGUCACCCGAAACUAAACGUCUUCAGAAAAGGCUCGAGCACAUCAUCGCAUUUCUAAAAAGAUUCUCGUUACCGGAGAAAAUUCGAGAACAAACAGCAACAAGAGCGACUGGUCCUCAAAAUGACGAUGUAUCGGCCAGGAUGAAGCGAUCUCUUUUCGUCAAUCCCAUGGACACAAAGUACAACCUCUUUCAGGGAAACGAACUCUUUCCGUCUACCAUGCGUGAUUUUGUCAACAGGGCAAUGGUGGCAGCAAGGAAGGCAAUAAACACGCUGCCUCCGAGCUAUAAUCAACAUUAUUCCCAGUAUAGCCGUCCUGUUCCGUAUGGGAAGAAUGUGCCAGAAACACGGGCAAAUGUCUUCAGUGGUUUGACGGGGGCACAGCAGAAACCACGGUGGGUAAAGUUUCCGCAGCCGCCAGUUUCUAUGAUAGACACCAAGGGCGGUAACGAAAGCCCCAAGCUGAAUCAGCUGGCGACAAUUGAGAUGUUGGUAAAGCAAACGGAGGGCGACCUAGAAAAGUUGGAGAAAAGUAUCGACAAGUCUGAGAGACUCGGCACUCGUGUCUACGGCAAUGGCCUUAAGGCAUCUAUGGAUGCUGCUCGCGACGCCAUGCACAAUCAUUUCGCUUCUAUCCACCAAACUAUCAUGACCGUUAUCGAUCCCACCGAUGAUGCGAACGAGAACGAGAUGGAGGAGGAUGACGUCGAUGAGUACAACGAUAGCGAAGAGGACGAUGACGGCGAAGAUGAGGACUACGACCCCAAUAAUGAUGAUGAUGAUGGCGACGAAGACGGUGAUGUUGAUGACGUUGAAGACGACACUUAUGACAUUGACGAAGACGACAGUGACGAGGAUGUCAGUUCUGAUUAUGAUUACGAUAACGAUUAUGAUGAUGAAAAUGAUGAAGACGACCGUGAUGACGACGAAGAGGAAAGCGAUGACUACGACGAGAAAGGCGAAGAUGAUGGCAGCGAUGAAGAAGAGUACGAUGAAGAUGAGGAUGAAAACGACUAUGAUGAUGAGGAUGAAGAAGGAAGUGACGAGGAUGACGACAACGAAGACGUCGGCGACGACGCUGACGAUGAUGACGCGCUGGUGCAGGAGCUAAUUUUCAAAUUCAGAUCUGGCCUGCAAGGUCUUACUACCAUCGUGGAUGAUCUUGAAAACCAGGUCAAUUCACCGCAAAACGCCACAUCACCGGAAAAUGUCACUGCUGUGAAAGAGGUUCCUCCCCCUCCAUAUGAGCGGGAUGCCGGUGAGAGAAGGUACCAGCUACGAGGACAAGAGGCCUGGGAAAGGGGUCGCAGAGUCUUGGAUGCUGUUAAGUCGCACAUCUGUGGUACGAUUGACACUGGUCACCCCAUUAUCAGUAGGUUCUGUGACAAAGAUAUACCGUCCAUGGCCGCAUUCAAAGUGCUCCGCAGUCGGAGUGACUGGAGAAAGUGGAUUGGAGUGUUUUACCAAUUCAUGAAAAUGUCAAAAGAGGCGGCAAUCGCAGAGGUGCAACACCUGCAGGAAGCUCGGUUACUAGAAACACAGCGCAUGCUCGACAUGUUCCUCAGCGCACCUAUCACGGUUCGGGCUGUAGAACAGGUCUCGCGCAGCCGCGGCGUCCCACAGAAGCAACUCCGGGAACAGCUGCAAAGUGGUCAAGUCGACACCAAGACCGUCAAUGAUAUCCUGCUUCGUAUAAAGAACGAAAAACACAGGCCGUACACCAUAGUCACCCAUAACAACAAGGUGACAUUAGAAGAAGGCAACGAAGACCCGAAGAACAGCACAGAUGACGAGCUCCCAGACAACACUAUCGACGAACAAGAAGUUGACGAAGAUCCAGAACCUGAACCAGACAGCUCUGGAGAAUUAGUAGAUGAGUUUGAACCAAACGAAGACAUCGACCCAGAACUUCAGCUGGACAAUGGGCUUGACGACGAAGUAUCGCUGGAAAUUCCCGGUCCGGCAGUUGGUUUGGAAGAAGAGCUGGAAGAUCAGGAGAUGAGUGAUGAGAGCGAACAGCCGGAGUUUCAACCUGAUCCAGAAGACGAGUUUGACGAUCCUGCCUUCAUGUUACAAUCAAUGGAGGAUGCUGAACCGAUGCUUGAACUGGGGGAGGCGCUGGAGGAACUGGAAGUCGGUGACGAACUGGAGCCGAACUUUGACGCAGAUGAGAAGGAAGAGCCGCAGCUUGAAAAUGUCGAGUUGGAAACCAGCUUCGGAAGUGACCUAGCCCAACCGGGAACAGCUGACAAACUAGAGGACUUUGCAUCGCUAUUGAAAAAACGCCAGGCCGUCAGUUCCCGCGACUUUGCGAUGCCCAUGCAAGAGCCUGAAUAUCGCUUCAACACAAAGGACGUCUCGGAUACAUUGCUGGACGUCUCGGCGGCGCGGCGCGUGGCCCAGCACAGCGAUGCCGAAGAGGGAAAUCCCAACGCUGCCGUCCAGGGACCGAACAUGUUCGCUGUGGUCGCCGCUGUGACUGGAGCAGCCCUGUUUGCAGUCGUCAUCGGGGUGAUGCUGGCAGUCAGAGUGUUCGGCCACUACAACAAUGCACCGGCAUCGCUGAACGUGAUAGAACACAUUCUACACGUGCCUUGCAGCAGCAUCGGGUCUUUGCAGAAUUUGCAGAGUUUAAACGGGGCUGCACCGAUGGCGUCUCGGGCACAGUUGUGUCUCGUCCUGCUGCUGCUGGUCGGGACGAUGACCUACAGUGAAGCAAAGCAGUCACGGACAUCCGGCAAGAAAAGUACCAGCGAAGACAUUGAGGCCACUUCUGGGCUCGUGCAGGAACAGACCUCUGUGACGGACAAUGAAGACGCAGCAGAAGCUCGAACUGGAAGAAGGAAGUCAGGAGGGAGUCGGUUUGAGAACGUUGGCGACAAAGCUGCUGCGAAAAUACAAGAACUCAGCCCGGGUUCGCAGUCCGGGGCGGAUGGCGCAGCCGGGGAAGAAACCUUCCUGACGUCUAUCCGCGAACAGUAUCAACAGGCAGGGAGGGACCGGUCUCAGCAGGAGGAGCGGAUGCCAGAAGGCAAGGGAAGGGCAUCAUCGGAGGAACAGCAGGACCGGAGGCCAGAAGGCAAGGGGAGGGCAUCAUCGGAGGAACAGCAGGACCGGAGGCCAGAAGGCAAGGGGAGGGCAUCAUCGGAGGAACAGCAGGACCGGAGGCCAGAAGGCAAGGGGAAGCCAUCAUCGGAGGAACAGCAGGACCGGAGGCCAGAAGGCAAGGGGAGGGCAUCAUCGGAGGAACAGCAGGGGCGGAGGCCAGACGGAAAAGGGAAGUCGGGAGAGGAAGGGAGAGGCUCCGCUGCAGAGAGGCGGCCGUCGGGAGGGAAACCGUCGGUAGAGGGAUCAGGGGAAGAGGAAACUGAAGGCUCCGGUGAAGAGAGGGAGAGGGGGCCGCCGCGAGAGGAAAAGGGGCGCUCCGGUGCACGGGGGAAACCUUCGGAAGAGGGAUCAGAAGAUCAGGAAAGAGGUGGUUCCGCUGCACAGCAAGGCCGAAGGCCAGAAGGAAAGGGAGGAUCGGCGAACCAGGAAAGGGGAGGUUCAGAGGAUCAGGAAAGAGGUGGUUCCGCUGCACAGCAAGGCCGAAGGCCAGAAGGAAAGGGAGGAUCGGCGAACCAGGAAAGGGGAGGUUCACGACCGGAGACAGGACAGACACGGGGGAGACCGUCAGGAGAGGAAAGAAGGGGCAACGCAGAACGGCAGAACCAUGGAAAACAACGGGAAGAGGAAAUACAGGAAGAACACGUAGUGGAAGAGGAGCAGGAGGCGGUAGAAGUGGAAAUACUGGAAGAACCAGAGGAAGUUGAGGAACCAGCCCAGGAAACUGCAGAAACCUCAGCCGCCGAAAAGGAAAUGGAACAAACGGAAAUGAUUGAAGCCGUCAAACAAGAGAUCAAUUACGAUUUAGAGGAAAUGAUGUUGCAAACUCUGACUGAAGUAUUGACGGAAAAAGAGCAGACCAAUGACGAAGUCGCAGAGGAGGAAGUACUGAGCCGAAGCGCCAGAGCAGCACCCAAUAAGAAGGGCCGCGGGGAAACCGGUGACGAAGAAGAGACUGGGGCCAAGAAGGGCCGCGGGCGUAGUGAUUUCAGCUCGGAUCACCCCAGAAACAAGAAUCAAAACAAGAGCAACGACGAGGACGACGUUUCAGGAGAUGGAUCAGGUGAAGGCAGUGGUGAUCGCCCUGACCAUGCUGGUAGGCCCGAAGGCGUAGGGAGGGCUGGAGAGAAAGGACAGGCUGGAGGCCAAGGGCGGGCUGGAGAGAAAGCACAGGCUGGACAAAAUGGGAAGGCUGGACAAAAAGGGAAGGCUGGACAAAAAGGGAAGGCUGGACAAAACGGGAAGGCUGGACAAAACGGGAAGGCUCAAGGUAAGAAAUGGUGGGAAAAAACUGAGGCGGAGGUAGAACAAGACGUCCAAGAGGAGAAACAGAUGAAGAAAGCAGUUGCGGGGAAGAUGAAUGAAUAUGUGAGGAAAAUAGUUGCCGACUACAUCGGUGGCAUGGUGGAGGAGGACCAAGAUGAAGAGGAACAAGAAGAAGAAGGGGCGACAACGCCUAAACCAAAAGGCAAGGGCGCUAAGACCAAGAUGAGUCGCGAGGAAAAACAGCAACGACUGAAAGACUUACAACAGAAGCUUUUGAAGCGAACGGGCAGGGAGGCGACCCUGGGAGAGUCUUCUUCGGAGGCCAGGAAGAUCAGCAGCGUGCAGGGCUCCAGCAUCGCCGUCCUUGUGGCGGGAACCGCCAUGCUGCUGCUCGCUGUCGGACUGAUGGUGCAGACCAGGAGGAUGAUCAGCAGAGCCAACAGCAUCCCCGGGCGCGCGGAUUUGGAGACAGGCACCGUACCCGGCAAGGCCAUCCACGUCCAGUAAGCUACGGACCCGAUCGACCAGCCACCAAACACAUCUGUUUGUGGGAAUAGUACAAUUCCAGCUCUGAUAGUAAGAACGAGAAUCUCAGUACGCUCUAAUCUGUCUUUGUUGUAUUUGUCAACGUAUUAAGUUUACAUAGCACGUACAUUUACGUCCUGUUUCAACAUACCCAAGCCCAAAUAUAUUUUAUUCCGCUGUCACCAAAGAUUGCUAAAAAUUAAACAUCCUCGAAUGUCCAUCUUUUCAUUGACUUUAUUGAUAUGUAACACCUGAAAGAACUUAGAACUCAUGACAAUGAUCUGAUGUGUUUGAAAAGCGCGGAUUACGGACAACGAAUCGGAAUUAUUGUGUGGUGUGCCCUGAUCUUAGUCAAAUGCACUAGUCACUUAUAAAAUGUUUCCUGUAUUUGGAAGGGUUUCCAAAUUGCUAUAUUAUCCAUUCUACUAUGGCAACUUGCAUUCCUUCAUUGUAAGUGCACCAAAUGUAACAACCGCAGUAGUAUGAAGUAGUGUCCUGCCCAGACGAUGUUUCCUGUGCUUCGUCUUGAGACACUGGAAUGUUUGUCGGGAUGUGUUGUACGUGUAGAACGAAAUACUUGUGAGUGACGUUCUGAUGCUUUCGCUUCCUGUAACCCUGUAAUACGUUUUGUACUUUGCGUUCCUUGUACCUGCGACACACGUGUGUAAUAAACGUAUAUAACCACAUAAGCUCUGUCUGUGUAAGUCUGUUUGAUUCCGAGAGAACCAAAUUUAUCUAGAGGGAAAACAGAGA